AUGAGCCUCUUGCAAGAACUUUCUGAAAUGGACAGACUUACCCAGUUGCAGGACAGCAUCGAUGAGCUCUUGACGGUCAUGUCGAGCAGUAUUCACUAUCUUAUCACACGCGCCGACUUCGAGCAACUAAAUCCAGAUAUUCCUAUUACUAAGUCAAGAGGAGACAAGGCUGCAUCCCCGGAAGAGUUUGAAGCUACCAAGAAAGAUCUUGUAAACUCGCUCGUCAUGCAGGCGAAGAAGAUUGAAAUUCUCAUACGGGCUCUGCCUGCUCCCGUCUCCGAACAACAACAGGUGGAGAACCUAGCUGAGUUGCGGCAUGAAAUGGAGGGUGCAAACCGAGAGUAUAGAGCCGCUGUUCAACGAGCGAGUGAAUUGCAUGCGGAGUUCACUAAAAUUUUGGGCAUGAUGCUCGAAAAGUCACCGUCUCGGCCGGGAUGAUUGCAACUGCUUUCAUUAUCAUCUAACAUGGCGGGUCAAGGGUACAUCGUUUUAUCCCACGGUCGCAGUAGCGAGGUCAUCGGCCCGUCGACAUGCUAAUCCUCAGGCAAGGUAUCUAUACAAUGAUGGAUCACUCUCAUCCCGCUCCAGAUACUCCAUAUCUACCAAUUGGCUAAUUUGCGCUUUGAUCAUGGCGACGUCAGGAUAGAAGUGUUGCUUGACCGCAUCGACGGUCGUCGUGACGAGUUCAGAGUGAGUGAGGGCUUUCUUCGCCUUCAUAAUGCGCACUAUGGCGGCCUGGAGUUGUAAAUCUCGGGUGAUAGCAAUGCUUUCCGUUGCUUGAGCGUUUUCGGCGGCCGAUUCCUUAACCUGUAUAUUGUUGACCCUUACGAUCCGUCUCUCGUCCUCAAAUGAUAUAUUGACACU